AGCCGGUGAGGGGGUGAAGAGAGGCCAAAGAAGUGCCGGGGCUUCGGGAAGGGAACGCACGCGUCUGCCCGCCCUCCUGCGUGAGUCAGCAAGCGACAGGCGCGUGCGCACGGCUCCGCUCGCGAGGGUUUUUACAAAUGUUUGACAACAUAUGUCCUAGUGCCCGUUUAUUUAACGGGCUCAAUGACACUAGUAAGAUAUAAGCAUCUGUAAGACCAUCCCAUCCCAUCCCAUCAGGCAUGGUGUCACAAUUUGGGGAUGUUGGUAGUGCUGUGGCCUCUUGGGCUUGCCGAUCAGAAAGCCAGCAGUUCGAAUCAGCACAACGGGGUGAGCUCCCAUUGCUCUGUCCCAGCUUCUGCCAACCUAACAGUUCAAAAGCACACCAGCGUGUGUAGAUAAAUAGGUACCGCUGCGAUGGGAAGGUAAACGGCGUUUCUGUGCGCUCUGGUACUUGUCACAGUGUCCCGUGUGCCAGAAGCGGUUUAGUCCUGCUGGCCACAUGACCCAGAAAAGCUGUCUGCGGACAAAUGGCGGCUCCCUUGGCCUGAAAGCGGAGAUGAGUGCCGCACCCCAUAGUCAAAUUGGACUUAACCAUCCAGGGGUCUUUUACCUUUACCUUAGCGCCACAACACCAUUGGGAAAGUCAUGGUGGUCACCUCUGUUGAUAGGAUUAAAUAGUGGGAAUAAGACUUGAGGAUGUUGAUAGCAAAUCAGUCAAAGCACAAAGCUGUUCUGUGCCCUUUGGGGACAUGAAAUUUCUGGCAAUGGGGAGCUGCUUCUGAGAACAGAGACAGAAUGAGACGCUUCACAGCCUGAUGGCUGCACAGACUACUUAGUAUGUUUUCAGAUAGGGAUUAGGGAAACGUGGAAGUGUGCUGUGAGCUGGGAACUGGUUUCCGUCAACCGCAAUGCCGUGCGUUUGGUUAUGAAAUUCAUUAAAGCCAGGUCAAUUGGGGACGCCUGUCAGGGUUUUGGGAGUGCCAAGUCUCCUUCUCUGGGACCUUUGAGGAUUGCCAAAAUUGCUAAUGGUGCUGGCCGGGUGUGCUUCUUUCUUUGCCUUCCCAGAGCCUUGUUCAAGACUCCCUCGGUUCUAGCCCUGAACCAGACGCAGCACUGCAAGCAGCUGGAAGGGCUGGUGGUUUCGCAAGUGCAGCUGUGCCGCAGCAACCUGGAGCUGAUGCAAACCAUCAUCCAGGCAGCACGGGAGGUGAUCAAGACGUGCCGCAAGACCUUCUCCGACAUGCGGUGGAAUUGCUCCUCCAUCGAGCUGGCGCCCAACUACCUCCUGGAUUUGGAGAGAGGCACGAGGGAGUCGGCCUUUGUGUACGCCCUCUCCGCCGCAGCCAUCAGCCACACCAUCGCCAGAGCCUGCACCACCGGGGACCUCCCUGGCUGCUCCUGCGGUCCCAUCCCAGGUGAGACACCUGGACCUGGGUAUCGCUGGGGAGGAUGUGCUGACAACCUCAACUAUGGUCUUGUCAUGGGGUCCAAAUUUUCAGAUGCUCCCAUGAAGAUGAAAAAAUCAGGAUCACAAGCCAAUAAGCUGAUGCAUCUGCACAACAGUGAAGUAGGGAGACAGGCCCUGAAAGCUUCUCUGGAGAUGAAAUGCAAAUGCCACGGAGUAUCUGGUUCCUGCUCGAUCAAGACCUGCUGGAGGGGGCUUCAGGAACUGAGAGACAUUGCCCUGGAUUUAAAAAACAAAUACCUUUCAGCUACAAAGGUGGUGCAUCGGCCUAUGGGCACCCGCAAGCAUCUAGUCCCCAAGGAUCUUGAUAUCCGCCCAGUAAAGGAGACAGAGUUGGUUUAUUUGCAAAGCUCGCCUGAUUUCUGCAUGAAGAACGAGAAAGUGGGAUCGCACGGGACUCAGGACAGGCAAUGCAACAAGACCUCCAAUGGCAGCGACAGCUGUGACCUUAUGUGCUGUGGCCGCGGCUACAACCCCUACAUGGACAAGGUGGUGGAGCGCUGCCACUGCAAGUACCACUGGUGCUGCUACGUCACCUGCAAAAAGUGCGAGAGGACUGUCGAGAGAUACGUGUGCAAGUGAGGCCCUUCCUCGCGUCACUCGGCUCCCCUCUGGGCCCGCAGACUUGAGACACCCGUGCCACAUUUCCCAGCGCUUUUCGGACAGGAGAAAAGCUUUCCGAACCCUAGACGAUGUUUGGCUUGCUUUUUUU